CUUGACUCUUUAAGUUUCCCAUUCCUUUUUGAACUCCUGGAAUCGGUUACGUCCUUCACAAGAAACCAAGUUUCGGAAGAGGAAACAUCGUCUGCGAACUCCAGCCAAAGCCAAACAAAAGGAAAGACUUCCUCUCAAAAUUUGCUAGAAAUGGCUAAAGAACCAAAGAAACUGGAACCUAUAAAGAAUGAGAAAGCUCGUUUGGCAACCUUCAAGAAGAGAAAGAAUAGUUUGUUGAAGAAGGCUUGGGAGUUCAAAACUCUUUGUGAUGUGGACGCAUGCAUGAUCAUCUAUGGCCCCAAACAGAGACAUCAGCCUGGGAAGGCUGAGACGUGGGCCUCUGAGGAAGGUAAGCUAACUAGUAUUAUCAACAGGUACAAGGGUAAACACCAAGAUGAUCGCAGACAGAGAACGGCGGGUCCUUGGCCUGAUUCAAAUGAAAAUACGGUUAAGCAAGUUCCCAAGAAGAGUCGGAUACUUGAGUAUGCUACAUGGGAUCAACGUUUUGACAGUUUUUCAGAGGAUCAAAUGAAGAAAGCUCUUUGUAGAUUGAACACUAAGCUUGCAGCGACAGUGAAAAAGAUUGAAACAAUGAAAGGAAGUCCUAAAGCAAUGAGAAAGUCAGCAUCAGAAACAUCAGAGGACUCUCAGAUUAGCCACAACCAUAUUCACAAUGUAGAUAGCCAUCGACAAUGUAAAGGGAAAUCAACUGAUAUUCAGCAGCCGAUCAAUUUCCAGCCUAACAAUAGGGUUUAUCAAAUACCCUCCCAAUCUUUAACGGGGACUCCGAUAUGGAUGAGGCGCAAUGCAAAUAAUCCAUAUCAAAAUGGGGGUGCAUCUAGUAGCACAAGCAGUCCACAGCAGUCUAUUGGUGCAUCCAUUAGCACCAUUCCAUUCACUCCACUGCGACCCCCAGUUCAGUGGAAUGUUCCAAUAUCACAGCAUCCACUGCAGGAACCGGUCCAGUGGUGGUGUCUCCCAUUGUCACAGACUCCACUGCCAGGACAAGUUCAGUGGAAUCUCCGACCAUCGCAGCCUAACCGGUUUCUGGCGAUAUCCUCAAGUGCUCCUUCUAAUGAGAAUACUGCUCAACUGAAGAGGCCAAGUGUUAAUUCUGAACUUCAACCACCUGGGCAGCAGCUAGAGUGAUAGGCCUUAGAUGUGGAUAUUUUUUUGAAGAAGUUGUCAGCUUAGAUAGGCUUAUUAAUGAUGUUUAGGAUUUAGUUUUUUAACUAAUUGAAGGUUUUUUGACUAAUUCUGGUGGAGAUUUGUAAUGAUCUUUUUUUUUCCUCAUACUUUCGGGAAGGUUUGUGACGAAUUUAGGCUUCCUCCCCUUGAUUACAAAUUUGGAUCCAAUACUCUUCUUUUUAUAAAGACAUACAAGU